CCCUCCUCUUCUCCGUCGGCCCCUCGGCUCCCGCGCGCACUGAAGAUGGCGGCGGCGGCGGGAAGGUUACUCCGGGCUUCGGUUGCCCGACAUCUGAGUGCCUUUCCUUGGGGCAUUUCUGCCUCUGCCGCACUCAGGCCAGCUGUUUCUCCAAGACUGUGCUUGACCAGUGGAUUGUGGUCUGGCUCCAAUCAAGCAAAAUUUGCCUUUAGCACCAGUUCCUCGCGCCACACGCCAGCUGUCACUGAGCAUGCGCCCUACUUUAAGGGUACGGCUGUUGUCAACGGAGAGUUCAAAGAGCUGAGCCUUGAUGACUUUAAGGGGAAGUACUUGGUGCUCUUCUUUUACCCCUUGGAUUUCACCUUCGUGUGUCCUACAGAAAUUGUUGCUUUCAGUGACAAAGCGAAUGAAUUUCAUGACGUGAACUGUGAAGUUGUUGCAGUUUCAGUGGAUUCCCACUUUUGCCAUCUUGCCUGGAUAAACACCCCAAGGAAGGACGGCGGUUUGGGCCACAUGAACAUCGCGCUCCUGUCCGAUCUGACUAAGCAAAUUUCCCGAGACUACGGUGUGCUGCUGGAGGGUCCUGGUCUGGCCCUGAGAGGUCUCUUCAUAAUCGACCCCAAUGGAGUCAUCAAACACUUGAGUGUCAAUGAUCUCCCGGUGGGCCGGAGCGUGGAAGAAACCCUCCGCUUGGUGAAGGCCUUCCAAUUCGUGGAGGCCCAUGGAGAAGUCUGCCCCGCAAACUGGACACCGGAUUCUCCUACGAUCAAGCCUCAUCCGACUGCUUCCAAGGAAUACUUUGAGAAGGUGCAUCCGUAGUGAUCCCACGUACACCUGCGGCUUCUCCUGCCAGGAAGGAACCACAGUGGGAACUCCCUGUUAGCAUUUCAGAGAUUAGUUAGGGAGGGCAGCAAGCCUUAUGCCUGUAUCCAUAGCUAUCAGUGUGUUUUGUUAAUACUAGCGAAGGCUUUUUAAGUGCGGCGACUGUGUGGUUACCCUCUUCUGGCAUCCUCGAUGACUGGCUCGUGUGUGGAACGCCUGGUUCUCCUGUUCUUGGAUCAUGUCUUCAGCGAGAACAGCAAGCUCUUCUUUCUUCACCUUGCUUGAACCUUUGCAUACAGCAGAGUAGUACAACAAGCAUUGAAACUUCUGAUCAAGGGUCCUGAAAAUUUCUUCUUGAAUUUCUUUGUAUUAAACUGAGUUUUCUUUUAUGGCAAGAGAUCGUUUAAGCUGUUAGCCUCAGUAGUCUGAUAGAACUUUUGCAGUGUGUGUAUAUGUAUGUGUGAUGGAAACAAAUGUGAAUCAUGUUUCUGAAAAAACACGGUGGCAAAGUGACUUAACUGAUCAUGCAUGUCCCCAUCCCUAAGAUUUAUAGUUUACAGUUAUUUUACUUGUUUUGUUUGCUGGCUUAGUCUCUACAUACAUUUCUAAAUACUAAGUGGGUGUAAUUACAAGAGAUAUUUAUUAAAUCCAGGGGUUACAUUUUGAAAUCACUCUAAUUAUUUUUUCUGAAGUGCUUGAUGUAAAGUAUAUCAUAAAUAAACAUAUUUUAAAAUA